AUGAGUUCAAUGAACAUUGAUCAAGAACAACACCGGAUGCAAGAGCCUGGAUAUGACGAUGGUACUGGAAAUUGGAUCCACAACAACACCGCUUACAAUCACUCGCACCAUACAACGCCGGUGCAUGAGUAUACUGGAUUCUCAUUUACGCCAUACCCUUCCGCAAUGGCGCCACCAAGGACGACGCAUCACCAACUUCAGCCCUUGGUAAUGCCACAAUGGCCUAGCACGUUGGUCAGUCAAUCGACCUAUGUCCCGCCAAUAUACCCUUCUGCUCCCGCGCCUAUGCCUGUACCCGUGGGCCCAACCUCAACACCAAUAUCAGCCACUUCGACGGGUUCGCGAACCUCCUCAACUCCCAGAAAGACCCUCACUGAUGCGGACCGGAGGCGCAUGUGUCUGUACCAUGAAGAGCACCCGUCAACGAAGCAGACGGAGAUUGGUGCCAUGUUCGGUGUUGAACGCAGUACCGUGUCCAAAGUCCUACGGAACAAAGAGAAGUACCUGUGCCAAGACGAUGGCAGCAGGUCACCUAUCAAGAGAUCCAAAGGAAAAUUCCCAGACAUCGAGAGAGCUCUGUCCAACUGGGCGCGCAAUCACGUCCGACAGGGCUAUCCCAUAUCGGACGCUAUGAUCAAGGAGAAGGCACGAUUCUUCUCUACCACUGUAGGCAACGGAGAAAACCCCCUGAAAGCCAACAGUACCAGUUGGCUAGAGAAGUUUAAGCAGAAGAACAACAUCAAUGGCUCCAAGUCGAGGAAGAUUUCCACGACAGACGACGCUGAGGUUCUGUCAAACCCGGCUUCAAAUUCUCAAACUCCAACCGGAGCCUCACCAACAUCCCCAGGAGGUACAUCAUCACCACCGCUGAAGGGCGAAGAAGCAGAGUUUGGUAGCGGGCAUCGUCCAUUCUACUCCCAGAGCGACCCAUCCUUAUCCGGCGUUUUUGCUGAUGCGGCUACGUCCUCGUUCUCCGCUGGCCCCCUCAGUCCAACGUCUCCAUUCUUCACGCCUGACUCCGCAUGUGGCCCGAAUCCCUUUUUUCCUCCGCAGCAGGGCCGAACGCCGCAACCGAACAGCAACUUCCAACAGCGGCCCAGGAGCCAAACGUUUCCCUUGCUGCAGGGGAUGGACUCGUAUAUGUCUCCGCCGCCCUCCUCAGAAGCCAUGGCUCCGAACUACCUGAACUCAACCGCCGUGGAGUCUCCCCUCACCGAGCUCCCGCCUACUCUUAAUGGCGUUGACGAGGUGCUCCAGCAGGACCUGAAGCCGCAGCCUCAGCGGACAAAUUCGAUGCAACCACCGCCUCUUCCAGCACUGGCGCCUGCGCCAACAAUCUCGGGGUCAACACCGCUGCGACCGGCGCAACAGCUCAUCUCACCGAUCAGCCCGGAUACCGGCACGCCCGGUUCGCCUUCGCAGGAGGACGCACGCCGCGCGCUGGAGCUGGUGAUGAACUUUUGCCAGGCGCAGCCGAGCGGGUUCGUCGAGCCGCAGGAAUACGUCACCAUCGGGAAGUUGAUGGAGAAGUUGAAGUUGAAAGCGGAGGGGAGAUGA